AUGCAGUCUGCCGUCCACUCCAUUACGACUUUGUUCGUUGACACACCGGUUUGUGGUCUUCUGAAGAUCGUUUGGUGUGUGAUGCUUGUGUUGUGUUUAGACUGUCUCAGGAACGUCUUCAAGUCUGCAGGAGCCUCAUCUGACCCAAGCAUGGCAAAUGCCCAGAUGUUCGAGGCUUUCGCUGCCAAGGAAGGUGCUCUCGUCCUUGCAUUGAACUUGGCAUCGAUGAUGGCCAUCCAGGCGCUGCAUAUCACGACUGGGCGAUGUGCCAAGCUGGAGCUGGACCGCGAUGUCAUAUCGCGGCAGGCCAAGCAGGCCGGCGAGUUUGCGAAGACUCUCAUGGCCGAAGGGAAAGAGGUAAAGAAAACGCCCGAAACCAAGAUGCCCGAAGAGAGCAAGACCGAGCAAGAGGGAGAGCUGCGGAAAAGGACUGACUGA